UCGCUGGUGGCCUCAGGGCUCUGCAGGGAGUGUCCGGGCCCGGCUGAGGCUGCCUCUGCCGCCGCCCGCUCCCGGUCACGUACGCACGGCCCCGCGCGCAGUGCGCAUGCCUCCGCCACGCCGAGCACGCAGCGCGCGCUGCCUGCGGCCGCGGGCACCCAGCGCAGGGCGAGGGUCAGGCCUGGUCGGCGGCGGCGCCGCGGCGUGACUCAGAUAACGCGGUCCCGGGCCGGUCUCGAACCUCCGCGACGACAGCCCUGAGCCCAGCCGGGGCUGCCACAUCCCGCCGCUGCCUCCCUGGGGCGAACGGGCGAGCUUUGACCUUCCCCACUGUCCCUUACGGGCCGGUUUCGGCCCCAUAGUUUUCCCGCGAGGGGCGGCCUGGACCUGAGGGCAGCGCUUGUGCGGGGCCUCUGCUGUGCCCCGCGGGAGCAGGCGGUGCUGACAGUGGCAGUGGGAGAGCCUGGGGCUCCACGCACUCUUCCAGGGAAGAAGCUGGGAGCGCAGGCGUGUGCCCGGAUCCCUGGUAGCACCUGCUGUGGGUGUCCCCGCUUUAGUGAAAAAUGAAGAAUUUCUAUAUUUUAAUUGCUGUCCUGUUCAUCCCAUGGAGUUUUUCUUUGGCAAAGUAUGAUGAGUUUGAGGAUGGAGAUGACAUUAUGGAAUAUGAUGAUAAUGAUUUUGCUGAAUUUGAAGAUGUUAAUGAAGAUGCAGUCACAGAGUCUCCUCAGAGGAUCAUCACUACAGAAGAUGAUGAAGAAGAAGCCACUGUAGAGCUUGAAGGUCAGGAUGAGAAUCAGGAAGACUUUGAUGAUGCGGAUGCACAGGAAGGUGACACUGAGAGUGAACCCUAUGAUGAUGAGGAAUUUGAAGGCUAUGAAGAGAAACCAGAUGCAUCUCAUAGCAAAAAUAAGGAGCCCAUAACAAUAGUUAACGUCCCUGCUCACCUCCAGAACAGCUGGGAGAGUUAUUACAUGGAGAUCCUGAUGGUGACAGGUCUUCUUGCUUACAUUAUGAACUACAUCAUUGGGAAGAACAAAAACAAUCGUCUGGCUCAUGCAUGGUUCAAUACUCACAGGGAGCUGCUAGAAAGUAACUUUGCUCUUGUUGGGGAUGAUGGCACCAAUAAGGAAGCUACAAGCACUGGGAAACUAAACCAGGAAAACGAACACAUCUAUAACUUGUGGUGCUCUGGAAGGGUGUGCUGUGAAGGAAUGCUCAUCCAGCUCAAGUUUCUCAAGAGACAAGACCUGCUGAAUGUCCUUGCCCGCAUGAUGAGGCCAGCUUCUGAUCAAGUGCAAAUAAAAGUAACAAUGAAUGAUGAAGAUAUGGACACCUACGUGUUUGCUGUAGGAACCAGAAAAGCACUGGUACGACUUCAGAAGGAGAUGCAGGACCUGAGUGAGUUCUGCAGUGAUAAACCUAAGUCUGGUGCAAAAUAUGGGCUUCCAGAUUCACUGGCUAUCUUGUCGGAGAUGGCGGAAGUCACAGAGGGAAUGAUGGACGCUAAGAUGAUACAUUUCCUCACACACUACGCUGACAAGAUUGAGUCUGUCCAAUUCUCGGACCAGUUUUCCGGUCCAAAACUUAUGCAAGAGGAGGGUCAGCUUACAAAACUGCCCGAAACUAAAAAGACUCUUUUGUUUACAUUUAAUGUGCCUGGGUCAGGCAACACUUCCCCAAAGGACAUGGAGUCUCUGCUGCCUCUCAUGAGCAUGGUUAUCUACUCCAUUGACAAAGCAAAGAAGUUCCGUCUGAACAGAGAAGGUAAACAAAAAGCUGACAAGAACAGAGCUCGUGUGGAAGAGAACUUCCUUAAGCUGACUCAUGUACAAAGGCAGGAGGCUGCCCAGUCUCGCAGGGAGGAGAAGAAACGGGCAGAGAAGGAGCGGAUCAUGAACGAAGAGGAUCCUGAGAAGCAGCGGCGGCUGGAGGAAGCUGCUCUGCGGCGUGAGCAGAAGAAACUGGAGAAGAAGCAGAUGAAGAUGAAGCAAAUCAAAGUGAAAGCGAUGUGACUCCCUUGUGAGAAGCAUCUCAGUGCCACCUGCAGAGUUCUAAUCGACAGGGUACAAAGAUCUACUGAACUCCAUAAUUCUCUGCUUCUUUGGACACUAGUAGCCAUUCAGAGAAAUGUUCCUUGCAUUGGUGUAACUUAAGUAUUGCAGCAACGUGCAGGUGUUCGUAGAAAGCUUUGUCUUGGCAGUUUCACUCCAGGUGGGAUACAUUUUUUUUGCUACUUGUCUGUUUAAAAAAAAAAGAAAAAAAGCAAUAUUUUUGAAUGCUCUUUGUCAUUUGUUCUUUAGAACAGAAGAUUGUAAACCUGUCCACGUCUGCUGGCAACAUGUUCAUACUUUAUUUUUAAACUUUGGGUUUAGUUAUUAGGAGGAAAGGGUGGAAAAAUGCAGGGAGGAAAACUGCACAGUAAACAUUGUGCAUUUAUUUGCAUCAGGCUUGUAAAGGCACAAAAUAUAGAACCUUCCAUACAUAGUAUGGAUUCUUCAGGGAUUUAAGCCCAGUAGAAUAGAUUGCUGCCUUCUUCUUGUUGUUGUUGUUUUUAAGAAACAAGGGACUGAAACACUAUUAGGUCACCUAGGGGCAUGAUGGACGUGUAAAACACAUAGCUGGGUUUUAAACACAAAGAAAUGGAAUAGAUGAAGUUUCCUACUUGUGGUUUUGAAUGCUGCAAGCUUAAUGCAAUGUGAAGUCUGUAAUGUCAGCGUGGUGUUUCUUCAGGAGUGCAUGAUGAGUUAGCAGCUUCAACGAGCUUUCCUUGAAUGUUUCUAGCUGGACUAGUUUUCCUCCAAAACCUUUUUUCUCUUGAUAUGAGCAGCUGCUGCCUAGCUCACUUCAGCCAGAAACUAGAUUCAGUGAAUUAUCUCUGGAUGUGUUCCUUUGUGACCUGAGCUAGAUUGGGGUCCUGCUCUGGCAAGGGCAUUGGACUCAAUGAUCGCUUUGGGUCCCGUCCAACCCGUGACAUCCUGUGAUCCUGUGAUGUCUCAGUUUUCCCAAGCAAGCUAAAAUGUUUCAGGGGACACUGAUCCUCUUCAUCUGGUAAGUGAUCAGGGGUUUCAGUAGAAAGGGGGAGAAGGAAGUGAGUGCCCUGUGCAAGCACUUCGCUGACUGAGCGUGCUCUGCAUUUUAUAAAUGCUUCCUGCUGAGAAGGAAUUUUAUUGUUGCUUAUAACAGACUUUUAAAGGGUUUUGUGGGGAGAAAUGUCUCGCAUUUUCCUCUUUGAUACUUUCAUGUAAACCUGGUUCUGAGGCAAUAAAAUGAGCGGCUGUUCCCGCAGCACUUGCUUAAAACUUCCUGUUCCAGCAUAGGGCACUUCACGCCGAUUUAAAUGCAGAUGCCUGUAACCUGAUCCGAGCAAACGAGUUAGUUUUAUAACAGUCGGUAAAACGUAAUUUAAAGCCAAGCCUAAUGUAGAUUAUGUGAAAUUUUAGCACUAUUUAAAGAUGGUAACAGUAUUGUUUCAAAGGUUCUUUUGGAAGGAAAUAAGUAGUUGGUGCUCUUUUGAGUAAAUGGACAGCUUUCCUGAAGUCCCAUAUGUCUGUGGGCCAUGGCAGCUAAUUUUGUAAUAUGAACAUUCACCUUGAAAAAAUGAAUCUAAUGAAGAGUAAAAUAGAAUUGAAACACUC